CUUAGACUCUGUGUGUAAAGAUAUACUGUCUUCCUGGUUCAUCAUGGCGUCAACCUCAAGAGAUGUCCCUGAUGGAAGAGGUGCCCAUUCAAAGGUGAGGUCUGUGAAGCUGCUUGAGGUUCUGAGUGCUCUGGAGGAGGAAGAGUCUCACCACUGCAGGGAAGAGAUUUUCAUUGCUCCGCCUGACAAUGCUGCAGGGGAAUUCACUGACGAGGACUCAGGAGAUGAAGAUGGCCAGCGAGGUGCCCACCUGCCUGGCAGUGUGCUGCAUGCUGCAGUCCUGACUGAGGACUCUGGCACGGGGGAGGAUAAUGAUGACCUGGAGCUGCAGCCUGCCAAGAAGAGGCAGAAGAUGGCAGUGAAGCCUCAGCGUGUUUGGACCAAAAGAGAUAUUCGACCAGAUUUUGGUAGCUGGACAGCGUCAGAUCCUCAUAUUGAGGAUCUUAAAAGCCAGGAGUUGAGUCCAGUGGGCCUCUUUGAGUUGUUCUUCGAUGAAGGAACAAUUAAUUUCAUUGUUAACGAAACCAAUCGUUAUGCUUGGCAGAAAAAUGUCAAUCUGAGUCUCACGGCCCAGGAAUUGAAAUGUGUUCUGGGCAUUUUGAUUUUAAGUGGGUAUAUCUCCUAUCCAAGGAGGAGGAUGUUUUGGGAAACCUCGCCUGACUCACAUCAUCAUCUUGUGGCUGAUGCUAUUAGAAGGGACAGAUUUGAAUUGAUUUUCUCAUACCUACAUUUUGCAGAUAACAAUGAACUUGAUGAAAGUGACAGGUUUGCCAAGGUCAGGCCCCUCAUUGUCCGAAUGAAUGGCAACUUCCAGAAGCAUGCACCCUUGGAGGAGUUCUACAGCUUUGGGGAGUCCACAUGUGAGUAUUUUGGGCACCGAGGGUCUGAGCAGCUGCGUGCAGGAAGGCCUGUGCGGCUUGGCUACCGGAUCUGGUGUGGCACAACCAGCAGGGGCUACCUGGUGUGGUUUGAGCCCUCGCAGGGCACGCUGCUCACUCAGCCAGACCGGAGCCUGGAUCUGGGAGGCAGCAUGGUAAUAAAAUUUGUGGAUGCGCUUCAGGAGCGUGGUUUUCUGCCAUAUCACAUAUUUUUUGACAAGGUUUUUACCAGUGUCAAACUGAUGUCCAUUCUGAGGAAAAAGGGGGUGAAGGCCACAGGAACCGUUUGUGGGCAUAGGACUGAGCAGUGUCCCCUCAAAGAUCCCAAGGAACUGAAGAAAAUGAAGAGGGGUUCAUUUGAUUAUAAAGUUGAUGAGAAUGAGGAGAUCAUUGUGUGCCGCUGGCAUGACAGCAGUGUCGUCACCAUCUGCUCUAAUGCUGUGGGCAUAGAGCCUGUGAGGCUGACCAGCCGUCAGUCGGGGACAGCGAAGGCACGGACCCAGGUUCACCAGCCAUCACUGGUGAAGCUGUAUCAGGAGAAGGUGGGGGGCAUUGGCCGGAUGGACCAAAAUAUUGCCAAGUACCAGGUGAAGAUCCGAGGCAUGAAGUGGUACUCGAGCUUCAUUGGCUAUGUCAUUGAUGCAGCCCUGAACAAUGCAUGGCAGCUGCACAGAGUGUGCUGCCGAGAUGCCCCAGUGGAUCUGCUUGCCUUCCGGAGGUACGUUGCCUGUGUGUAUCUAGAGAGCAAUGCGGACGUGUCCUCACAAGGCAGGAGGAGCAGGCGGCUGGAAACAGAGACCCGCUUUGACAUGGUUGGGCACUGGAUCGUCCACCAGGACAGAAGGACCCGCUGUGCCCUAUGCCACUCACAGACCAGCACCCGCUGUGAAAAGUGCCAGAAGGGUGUCCAUGCCAAGUGCUUCCGGGAGUACCACACCCGCUAAUGCCGGGAGGCAUGUCACCUUCAUGAUGAGAUGUUUCAGCUGAGUGCAGACAGCAGUUCAAGUACUUCUGUUUUAUUUGUGUUGGAAAAAAGACCUGAAUUCCUGAUGACCUUGUUUUAUUUUUUUCUCCCUACUUGCAUUAUAGUUAUCAGUUUUACUGUUUCUCUUAUGCUUAUAUGUAUUAUAAAUUAAUAUUUAUA